AUGAACAACAACAGCGUGGAGCAGCCAGAUCCCGACAACAUAAAAAUGUUCGUGGGUCAAGUGCCCCACGACAUGGACGAGAACGAUCUGAGGAAGUUGUUCGAGGAGUACGGUCGGGUGCACCAGAUAAAUAUCUUGCGGGACAAGAUCACCGGAAGUCAUAGAGUGAUAUCUGGCGAUCGCAUCGACAAUGUGAAGAUCGGCAAUGAAACGGGCACGCUCGUCCGCGUGACAUGGGGCGGGCGAAGAGGGCGUUUACGACGCUCAGGAGGAACGAUAAAACGUUCGGCGGCGACCGUGGCCGAUCGUACACCGAGAUUAAACCGGUGGAGUUCCAACUAUAUAGCCGCUUGG